UCACGCUAAAGCGUCAAUACGCUGGGUGACGCUGGGCGUGUCUUCAGUACAAUAACAAGGAAGAGAACCCGAAUGACUUCAUCAAACUGAUGAAACCUACGGGAGAACAGGAAUGGACGCCAGGCACAGGAAAAUUCUUCAGAGCAAUCGACUGAAUCUCGUCCGGGAGCUGGACCCGUCCCAGCUGUACGAUGGACUGCUGUCGAGAGGGGUUUUUACCCAGGACAUCAUAGAUGAAAUACAGAUUGCCAGAACCCGUCGGGACCAGGCCAGGGAGCUCGUGAGGAACCUGGAGAUGCGCGGGAGCCGGGCCUUCCCAGCAUUCCUGGAGUGUCUCCAGGAGACCGGUCAGGAACACGUGGUGCACUUCCUACUGAAUGGGGACGCGCCUGUGCCCACGCCCCUGCGGCCUACUCUCCUGCCUGUGCCCCUUGAUAAAACCAAGAAUGGUAACAAACCUGAUAAAUGUGACUCCACCCUUCAACAAAAUCAACAAGAGACUAUGCAUUCCACAACAGUAGAUCCUCUUCCUUCACCAUAUCCAGAAAACAUAUUAUCCCCUAGGCCAAUGGGAAGACCUAGAAGUGACAGUAUCCAGAACUACAAGAUGGAUGCCAGCCCAUGUGGGCUCUGCCUGAUCGUAAACAAUGUGGAUUUUGAACCCGGGUCUGAACUGAGUAAUCGUAAGGGGUCAGACGUAGAUUGUGACCGGCUGGAGAAACGAUUCAAGUCCCUCAACUUUGUCGUCACUGUCAAGAGGAACCUCAAACAAAAGCAAAUAAAGCAAGAACUGUCAAGCCUCUCAAAGAAGGAUCACUCAAAAUAUGACUGCUGUGUGGUCAUCAUCCUGUCACAUGGCACUGAGGCCAGUCACAGUCGUUUCCCUGGUGCCGUGCAUGGAGUGGACGGGCCUUCGGUCCCCGUCCAGAACAUCACCAGCUACCUGAACGGCCAGCAUUGCCCCUCCCUGCAGGGCAAGCCCAAGCUCUUCUUCAUCCAGGCCUGCGGUGGCGUUGAGAAGGACACCGGGUUCGAGGUCUCUCCCGAUGAGUUCCAGCCCUCGGCGGGGGGUGUGGAUGACCAGACCGACGCCCUUCCCAUGUCCUCCAGCAGCGACUCUCUCAGCUUCUCGGACGAGGUGGACGCCCGGACCUCACUGCCUACGCCCAGUGACAUCCUGGUGUCCUACUCCACCUUCCCAGGCUAUGUGUCUUGGCGAGACACGCAGACCGGCUCCUGGUACGUGGAAACCCUGGAUCGCGUCCUGGAGGAAAGUGCAGCGAUGAACGACCUGGCCACCAUGCUGAUGAUGGUCAACAACGAGGUCUCCCAAAUUUCCGCCAAAGGCCUCUACAAACAGAUGCCCGGGUCCUUCAACUUCCUACGCAAGCUUUUUUACUUCCAGACUCCUCCCCAGUGACAGGGUCUAACUUCGCCCCAGGGACAGGGUGUGACUCUGCCCCUGUGACAGAGUUUGACUCCGCCCCCAGUGACAGAGUCUGACUCCACCCCAGUGACAAUGUUAAGCUGACUUUCACUCAGGUUCCCCAUAAGGACAAUCAAGACUCGACUCCUCUCCCUGUCUGUCUUGUGUGCACUGUGCUUUAUUCAUUUUCAGUGUCUAACUAUUUCCUUUGGUCCGUUUGAACCUCGUAAUUCACAUGAAAACACGAGUUGUGCUCAACUAGUGCUCAUUUAGGGAACAGUAUACCUCAAAUCUGGUACAAAAAUGUGUGUUUUGGCAAAAAAAAAAGUGAUUUGCGGAUAAAAAGAGCUGUGAAUUAUAAUUGUUACUGCAGUGGAAGGUUGAGCAUUAUAAAUGAACAUAUGACGUCAAACAAUAGGAAAAUGAUCUGUAAUAGACCGUGUGAAUAACGGUGAACUAUACGUGGAGGCUUACUGCAAUAAUGUUAAUCCUCAUCUUUCAGAGACAUUUUCUUGUUUAGCUUAUAAAAAAAUAAGUAUUUCAGUUUUUCACAAAUUUUUAUUAAAAAUAGGUGCGUAUGAGGGGGAAAAACCACUAAAAGUUAUAUGAGGAAACCUUAAACACACGGUUAGCAAUUUCACAUUUAUUUUCAGUCAAAAAUCAAUGUCAGGCCAUUGUUCUCUGAGCAUUGCACCUUUUCACUGAACAACCAACAUGAGCUUAGCUAUUUUGGUCUUGCAUGAUCUUUAAGGUGUUUAAGACAUUGCACAGUAAAAUGUUCAGUGUUAAAUGAACUCUUACAGAGUACGUAUGGUGCCUGUUGGACUGAUAUGUACUCUGUUAGAGUUGAAUUAACACCGGAAAAUUUAUUUUGUGAAAACAACAUUAGCAUAAAUGUUUCAUCAUGCUUAAGGGAAAAGCUUUUUGCAAUUAGAUUUGUCACCAAUAUGGGACAUAAACUGUGUUAAUGAUACAUUUUAUGUAUUGUGCAUAUCGGGCAUAAACUCUGUCUAAAUAGAAAUUUGAAAUUGGGAAAUAGCUGUUUUUACGCUGAUUAUUUUGUGACUAUUUGACUUUUUUUAACCGAACUUCUCCAGCUUUGGAAUGUUUUGUGAAAUGAAUUGUAAAAAAAAUUUGUACAUUGAACAUGAUUCAAAAAUCGUUUUUUAUUGCAUCAUGUUUUCAAGAUUAAAUUCCAUUU